AUGGCCGAGUCCUUCGUGCACUGUUUCCUCUUCCUCCUGCUCGCCAUCACUUCCUAUCCAAUCGUUUCCGCUUCACCUCACAAGCUCCGUCUCUCGGCAUCGGAAGUAGCUGCGAUCGAGGCGCGCGCGCCGCCUCCGCCCGAUCAACCCACCACCUUCUUUGAGGUGGACCGGCCGCACCGGCCACCGCCGGGCAGUUUCGGCCCAUGCUCCACGGUGCUUCUCUCGCAUUCCUUCGCUUACACCUACACCAAGCCCCCUGUCACGGCAGCCUACUCCCCGCCGCCCUGCCUCGCCGCCGCGGGCGGCCACGCGUCAUUGAUCUCCCUUGCCGUUCUCGAGUGGCGAGCUGCCUGCCGGGGCGUUCAGUACGACCGCAUCUUCGGCGUCUGGCUCGGCGGCGCCGAGCUCCUCCGCGGCUGCACCGCCGAGCCGCGGGCGAACGGCAUUGUCUGGUCGGUGUCCAAGGAUAUCACCAAGUACGCCUCCCUCCUCGCCGCGCGCAGCCCCUCGACCCUCGCCGUCUACCUCGGCAACGUUGUCAACGAGCAGUACACCGGCGUGUACCACGCAAACCUCACGCUCCACCUCUACUUCCGCCACCCGCCUCAGCCUCCGCAGCCAGGGCUGGGCCCCGCCGACGUCAUCGUUCCUAUCUCGCAGAGCCUCCCGUUGAACGACGGCUUGUGGUUCCAGAUCCAGAACGGCCAGGACGUCGGGUCCGCGAGCCUCGCCGUGCCGAUCAAUGCCUACCGUGCCGUUCUCGAGGUGUACGUGUCGUACCACGCCAACGACGAGUUCUGGUACACCAACACGGCCGACGGCCACGGCCCGUUCCGGGAGGUCACUGUCAGCAUCGACGGGGACCUCGUCGGCGCCGUGUGGCCGUUCCCGGUUAUCUACACUGGAGGCAUAAACCCUCUCCUGUGGCGUCCGAUCACCGGGAUCGGCUCGUUCAGUCUUCCGUCCUACGACAUCGAGAUCACGCCAUUCUUGAGCAAAUUACUGGACGGCAAGGCGCACGAGUUUGACGUGUCGGUGACCAACGCCCAGGACGUGUGGUUCAUCGACGCCAACCUCCACCUGUGGCUGGACCCCAGGGGCGCGCCGACGACGGCGGGCCUCACCAGCUACGAGGCGCCGCCGCUCGACACGAGCAUCGCGUUCCGGCCCGACGGCCCCGGGGACGAGUUCUACUACACGACCGCGUUCCGGCGCAUCUCCGCCACGGGGUGGGUGCAGACGUCGUCCUACGGCAAGAUCACCGCGACCUGGACGCAGAGGCUCGGGUACGAGAACACGAACGAGGUCCGGGGGGACAGCCAGCAGGUGGUGAACCAGACGACCGAGGCGUACUCCGGCGUGCACGUCGUCGACCGCGCCGGCGUGGCGUACUCGCAGGAGGCGCAGCAGAGCUUCCGGCUCGACGUGUUCGUGGGCGUGGUGAGUGAGGCCUCCAACGGCUCGUACACGGUGGCGAGGGACGUGCGCCUGGGGCUCGCCGAGGAGAGGGUCGCCGCCGGCCGCGGGUUCUUCUGGUCCCGGUCGCUGGGCAACGCGCAGGAGUCCGCCGUGAACAUCGACGUGGACGACGAAGGUGACGCGGUCGGGGUGUCGUGGGGCACGAGGCAGAGCUACGGGUACGAGGCGACCGAUGGGUGCUACUCCCGGGACGUGACAAGCAGCGGCUACGCCAUCGUCUCCGACCACUCCGACGAGGCCUGCCUGAAGGGGUCGUUUUCUUCCCGUGCCGGCGCCGUGGCGCCUCCAGCUUUGGCGCGGAUGAGCUCGUGA